CAUGCUAAUGCAUCGGAUCAAACUAGGAGAGAAAUGUUCAUGAACGAACAACCAUUAAUGGGGAUGAGUUCGCGGUGGAAUCCGACGCCGGAGCAACUAUUAGCACUGGAAGAAAUGUACAGACGUGGAACGCGAACCCCAACAGCAGAACAAAUCCAACAAAUAGCUGCACAGCUUCGUAGGUUUGGGAAGAUUGAAGGCAAGAACGUAUUCUACUGGUUUCAAAACCAUAAAGCAAGAGAAAGACAAAAACGUCGUCGUGAAGUGGAGACUGGUUGUAAAGUACGAAAGCAUGAUACAACCGAAGCCCUGAAUAUGAAAGAAUCAGCUGCUGGGUUGAGAAGCACAGUUUAUGAAGCUGAACAGAAAAAGACUUUGGUAUCUUCUUCAAGCUGCAGUGAGCAUUUGCAGGGAUCUGUUUCAAUGCUUAGAGCAGUAACAACAGAAAGCACAACACAUGGGUGGCCACAAUUUGAAGAGAGGGAAUUACACCAACAUAAAAGUUACAGUGUAGAGAAGAAUGCUACGUGGCAAGCUAUGGAUUUGUCUCCUUCUUCUUGUCAUAUCCAGCUCAUCAACAACUUCACUACAAGAAGUUCAAGUUCAAGAUUCUUAAAUUCUCAUCAAAAGCAGAAUUCAUGGUUAAUGAAACCCAGAAGGAAAUCAGAGAAAGAAACCAAUCCUGAUGAUGAUGUUGAAGAAGUUGAAACUCUUGAGCUAUUUCCACUUUGCAGCAGUGACGAUUGUAACAAAGUUCAAGGUCGCAAGAACGACACAGAAGUACCCAUCACAGACAUAAAUACAAAAUUGAAUCCAAACCAAUUCUUUGAGUUUCUUCCACUGAAGAACUGAAGGAAACAGCAGCUAACCCAUGUGUGGUCACAAUGCAGCUCUUAAAUGUUUUGCCGUGAAUGUAAUGUGUGUAAUAUGUUUCAGUUUGUUUUCUAGUUGGAAAUUGGGACUGUUCUUUCUGUUCCAAUCGCUCAUGGGGCAACAUCAUAGGAUAAGGACAUGCAAUGGUGAUGUGGGGAUACUUUGCCCUAAAAUGCAUUAGGACCAUGUUGGUUAAACCAAGGUACACCUCCAUUAUUUUCUAUAAAGAAGAUGGAUGUGGUAAUUUUUUGGCAGGGAUGUCUAUUUUGUAGACCAUGUUUGAAUAAUGGAGAGAGAGAGAGAGAGAGAGAGAGAGUUAAUGUUGUGUUUUGGUUUGGCAGAUGGAUGUGAAAGAGUUGAUGUUGAAGUGACCUAGAAUUGGACUGACUAUAUAUGGGGGG